AUGAAUUUCUCACGCUCCCGCCAACAGAAACUCCUCUGUGUUCUGCUGCUGUGCGCUCUGGCGUUUGCCUGCCUGGCAGAUGUUUGCCUUGCGAAACAUCACAAACAUCAGCGGCACCACCACGAGAAGGAGAAGGAUGACGACGAUCAUUAUCUGCCACCGUCAGAGGAAAAGGAAGAUGAACCCUUCUACAAGAAGGAGAAGCACACCAGUGAGCGCGUGGUCUACCACAAGGAGGAGGAACACGACGAACCGCCACACCACAAGGAGCAGCAGCACUACCACCACGAGGAGCCCAAGAAACAGCGCGUGGAUCACUUCCAUCACUACGACAAGAAGCCGGAGGUGAAGACCGAGCACAUCCACUACAAGCACGACACACCGCAAGUCCGCACGGAUUAUAGCGGCGAUCUCUUCACCCCAGCGGCCAGCCAAGUCGUCUACAGGCGUCGUCGUCCCCAUCGCAUCACCUACGCCAAUGCCCCGAACUCUGUGUUUCACACGCACACCCAGAUCAACGUUCAGUCGCAGGACUCGGAUCUCAACUCGCUCAUUCGUCCAGAUCCGCCAGGAGGACAGCAAUUGCCAGGGGGAGCCCAAGCGCCCACGGGAGCUCAGGCCCCGACAGGAGCUGGUUUCCUGCCCAACUGUCAGUUUACUGGAGUUCCUGGCAAUGUUGCUCCGGGCUGUGGUCCGUCGAAUCCACUCGGAGCUCAGCUACCUGCCAGUGCCUUGGCUCCAGGCGCUGGUCUGCCUGUCAAUCAAGGCGCAGCUCCCAUUCCCGCCGCUGGACAGUUGGCCGUGCAGGGCAAUGGCCAGCGUCCACAGAAACCAGGCGGCUACGUCGGCGGCUAUGGCAGGAACAACUUCUUCUUCGACCCGUCGCUGGCUGCUCAGCUGGGCGCUGCAGGAUUCCCAGCAGGUGGUCCAGGAUUUCCAGUAGGCGGUGCUCAAUUGGCUGCUGCUCAAGGAUUUCCCAACCAGAACCAGUUUGAUCCCUCCUUCGGCGCACAGUUGGGCGCCGCGGGUCAAGCUCCUGGAGCUGCUCCUGGUGCUCCCUUCGAUCCCUCAUUUGGCGCGCAGCGUCCAGCGGCUGGACAGGCACCCAUCGCUGGCCAGGCACCAUUCCAGAACCAGUUUGAUCCCAAUGCACAAUUUGGAGGACAGCUGCCCGCUGCCCAGCAGCCAAAUCAAUUCGGAAAUCCCGCUUUGGGCGCUCAACUGGCAGCUGGUCAGGCACCAAAUCAGGGGAAUCCCGCGCUCGGUGCACAGCUUGGAGCUGCUCAGGCGCCGCUUCAGAACCAAUUUGAUCCCGCUUUGGGCGCCCAACUGGCAGCGGGUCAGCUGGUGCCACGCCUGCGCACUGGACGUCCGCGCAAUCGUUCCAACUACCAAGGUCUAAACGUGCUCAAUGGCAAUGUGUUUGGUCAGCCGCAUCUGCAGGGACCAACGAAUGCGCUGGGCAACCAGCAGGACACGAACAUUAUCGACGGUAAUUUCUACAGCGAUCCCAGCGGUCACCAUCAUGGCCAUGGCCAUCAGCGCGCUCUGGUCUCUGUCAAUGGCAAUCAACGCUCCGUGCUGGUAGCUGACGAUGAUGAUGCGGAUGACGAUACAGAUCCCAGUUUCAGACUAGGCUUUGCGGCCAGUUCGCCACAAGCUAGCUAUGUGGCGGCGCCCAAAAAUUCAGGCAGCAGCUCAAGGGAGGAUGACUCUGACUUGGGCACAGCUGCCUCCGAGUACCAGACGGACUACCGCGAGGAUGGCUAUCACUACGCAAAGCCCAAACACGCAUUUGAGUACUGAAUUUUGUGCAUAAAAUUAAUGUUAUAAAUACUCGAAAAAUAAAUUAUACUU